ACUGAUAGGCGACUGGCGACAUUUUUUUUUACAGCACAUUGUGGUGGUGUAGGUUUCAGAAGAUAUUGUCUUGUUCGGGGAGGAUACUAUGGAAGCUCCCAAGGAUGCGCCUCCGCCAAAGCAGCAACCGAUGAUCUAUAUAUGUGGAGAAUGUCACGCGGAAAACGAGAUAAAAGCCAGAGAUCCGAUCAGAUGCAGAGAAUGUGGUUACAGAAUAAUGUACAAGAAAAGAACUAAACGAUUGGUUGUAUUUGACGCCCGUUGAUGCGACAGAACGUUUUUAGGGUUUUUGGAAUGCAUUCACACCAUAGUAAAUAUUUCUAUUUGUUUAUGUUUUUGAGGCAAUAAAGCGAUGUGUAAUGUUUCAGUUUGGAAAUGUAAGUUAUUACAUGUUUUGUAAUAAAGGCUUUAGAACUGAAAA